UCCUCUCCACACUAUCGUCCUCCACCUCCUCCUCCUCCCAUGGCGUUUCUCACUUCCUCCGCUUUCCCUUCUUCCUCUCCCGCUCUCUAUUCCUCUUCUCCUUCCCCUUCCCCUCUCAAAUCUCCUUACAAUAGUCCAUUAGGAGCGCGCCCCUCGUCCCUCUCCUUCGCUUCCUCAAUACCGCUCAUCAAGCUCUCGACCCCGCCGCGCCUCCCCAACCCGCCCACUCCCCUCGAUCGAAAGGCCUUUAUAGUUCAAGCUGCUUGGACCCGCAGAUCUCGUGGCGAAUUAGCAAAGAGACCUAACCGAAAAUCAUGGAAACAAAGAACUGAUAUGUACAUGAGGCCUUUCUUGCUAAAUGUUUUCUUCUCCAAGAGAUUUAUUCAUGCAAAAGUUGUCCACAGAGGAACAAGCAAAGUAAUCUCUGUUGCUAGUACUAAUGCAAAGGAUCUAAGAAACACUUUGCCAUCCCUCAUAGAUAAUGAUGCUUGUAGAACCAUUGGACAACUAAUUGCUGAAAGAUCAAAGGAAGCAGAUGUUUUUGCAAUGUCAUUUGAACCCAAGAAAAAUGAGCGGAUUGAAGUUCAACAUGCAGCUUUGAAAAUUCCACAAAAUCGGCGCAAGCCAACGCCAAUUAUCGGCUCCCGUGUACGUUUGGUGUCACCAAUUUGUGUUAACAUCCCUAUAACUUUAUUUUCAUAUUGAUGCCUGUUGCACAUAUAUUUUUAUCUGUUGUUCUUUUAAAACCUUUAAGAUGUUAGGAUAUCAUCUCGAGAGGUAGUAGAUAUCAUAAUGUUUAAGCCUUUCCUUGAUAGUUAAUUGUCCAUCAAGCCUAUCAUUCUACUC